UAUAGUUAUACGUAUACAUACGACCUAUCUACUUGGAUGUUCUGAUCCGCGAUUUCAGUCCUGAGUAGAUCUGCUCCCUAGUUGGUUGUGUUUCUACUCGUUUCAUUUACAAGACUUAGUCAUAAUGCGUGUGGCAAUUGCGGUUUUAGCAGUGGUUCUCAUUAUUGGGCUCGCACAGGCUGUCCCUGCCAAGGAGAAGCCAACGAGCAAGUGCAAUACAGCGUGCACUGAUGAUUAUACACCGGUUUGCGGCGGAGUCAAGGGCAGCAAAGAUAAACCCAUCAGUUUCGGAAACGAAUGCGUUAUGCAAAAGUACAACUGCGAGAAUAAAAAGAGUUUGACUGUGCUCUCUCAAAACGAAUGUCCCGGAGGCGGUGGUGUGAGGUUGCAGUAGGAAGAAGACGAAAUAAAAUGUUAUGAUUGAUUAUGCUUGACUUGUGCCACCACUUCUUUGCGAACGUUUCCAAAAAAGAAUACAAAUAUAUUUCUUUCUGUUCGCUCACUGA